CCGCGUCUCGCACACUUGCACCGGUCGCUCGCGCGCAGCCCGGCGUCGCCCCACGCCGCGCUCGCUCCUCCCUCCCUCCUCCCGCUCCGUGGCUCCCGCGCUCCUGGCGAGGCUCGGGCGCGGAGCGCGCGGACGGGCGCACCGACAGACGGCCCCGGGGACGCCUCGGCUCGCGCCUCCCGGGCGGGCUAUGUUGAUUGCCCCGCCGGGGCCGGCCCGCGGGAUCAGCACAGCCCGGCCCGCGGCCCCGGCGGCCAAUCGGGACUAUGAACCGGAAAGCGCGGCGCUGCCUGGGCCACCUCUUUCUCAGCCUGGGCAUGGUCUACCUCCGGAUCGGUGGCUUCUCCUCAGUGGUAGCUCUGGGCGCAAGCAUCAUCUGUAAUAAGAUCCCAGGCCUGGCUCCCAGACAGCGGGCGAUCUGCCAGAGCCGGCCCGACGCCAUCAUCGUCAUAGGAGAAGGCUCACAAAUGGGCCUGGACGAGUGUCAGUUUCAGUUCCGCAAUGGCCGCUGGAACUGCUCUGCACUGGGAGAGCGCACCGUCUUCGGGAAGGAGCUCAAAGUGGGGAGCCGGGAGGCUGCAUUCACCUACGCCAUCAUUGCCGCCGGCGUGGCCCACGCCAUCACAGCUGCCUGUACCCAGGGCAACCUGAGCGACUGCGGCUGCGACAAAGAGAAGCAAGGCCAGUACCACCGGGACGAGGGCUGGAAGUGGGGUGGCUGCUCUGCCGACAUCCGCUACGGCAUCGGCUUCGCCAAGGUCUUUGUGGAUGCCCGGGAGAUCAAGCAGAAUGCCCGGACUCUCAUGAACUUGCACAACAACGAGGCAGGCCGAAAGAUCCUGGAGGAGAACAUGAAGCUGGAAUGUAAGUGCCACGGCGUGUCAGGCUCGUGCACCACCAAGACGUGCUGGACCACACUGCCACAGUUUCGGGAGCUGGGCUACGUGCUCAAGGACAAGUACAACGAGGCCGUUCACGUGGAGCCUGUGCGUGCCAGCCGCAACAAGCGGCCCACCUUCCUGAAGAUCAAGAAGCCACUGUCGUACCGCAAGCCCAUGGACACGGACCUGGUGUACAUCGAGAAGUCGCCCAACUACUGCGAGGAGGACCCGGUGACCGGCAGUGUGGGCACCCAGGGCCGCGCCUGCAACAAGACGGCUCCCCAGGCCAGCGGCUGUGACCUCAUGUGCUGUGGGCGUGGCUACAACACCCACCAGUACGCCCGCGUGUGGCAGUGCAACUGUAAGUUCCACUGGUGCUGCUAUGUCAAGUGCAACACGUGCAGCGAGCGCACGGAGAUGUACACGUGCAAGUGAGCCCCGUGUGCACACCACCCUCCCGCUGCAAGUCAGAUUGCUGGGAGGACUGGACCGUUUCCAAGCUGCGGGCUCCCUGGCAGGUCACUGCCUGGAUCUUCACAGGGAACCGCAGGAAUGCUGAGCUUGUCUUUUCUGCUGAGGAGGGUACUUUUCCUGGGUUUCCUGCAGGCAUCUGUGGGGGAAAAAAAUCUCUCAGAGCCCUCAACUAUUCUGUUCCACACCCAAUGCUGCUCCACCCUCCCCCAGACAGAGCCCAGGUCCCUCCGCUGCUGGAGCGAAGCCUUUUGCAGCAGGAACUCUGGACCCCUGGGCCUCAUCAUAGCAAUAUUUAACAAUUUAUUCUGAUAAAAAUAAUAUUAAUUUAUUUAAUUAAAAAGAAUUCUUCCA